AAGAAAAGAAAAGAAAAGAAAAAAUGCAGUCCUCGUCUCCCCAAUCCCCCCAUCCACACGAAACCCUAGCGGCCGAAUCGCGAUCCCCUUCCCGUCUCCGUCGCAACGGCUCCACCCCUACCCCUAUGAUCGUCGAUCAGAUGCCGAUGCCGCAGAAGCGGCGGCGCCGCCGGAGGAGGCCUCUUGAAGGAGUGUCCCGCCGGCGCCUUGGUGACGGUGGCGCAUCCUUGUCUGGAUCCCUUGUCGAUCCGGACUCUGAUAGCAGCAGCCGUGUGGAUGGAGGCUCUCCGCCGCCCGGACUCCCCGACGACGAGCCUGCUAUGUCUGGAUCCGUCGUCGAUUCCGAUGGAGGCUCUCCGCCGCCCGACGAGCCUGCAACAGAGCCAAGGUACCAUGAAAUUGUUGCCUCGCGCCUCGCCCAAUUGGAAUUGCCAGUCGGCUCGGAAUGGGAGCUCGCCGGUUUGUCAAACAUCCCUUCCCGUGAAAUCCUGGAAGCCCUUACCCGUAAAUCUUUCCAUGAUGAUGAGUCGCGAGCUGCUCUAGUACAAUAUCAAAUCCAGUGUUUCUUGAACGAGGAGACCCAGGAGGGACGAGACAGAGAUUCACAAGAUUCGGCCGUCGUUGUUGUUGCUGAACCGGCCAAUGAUGCUAUCACGAAGCAGCAACACAAAAGCGACUGUGAAAAGCUAGGGGCCCGCAUGACUGAAAUUGAGACUUACACCGAACUGGACCAAGAGGAGACCAACAAGUUCCAUCUCAAGUAUGCGCUUUAUCGCAUCAAAGCUUGCCUGCUGCUGAAAGGAGUGCCGGUUGACAAGAUUGAUGAUGCUGCAUUGGAACGCAAGUACCCUCCAGAGCUUAUCGUCAAGAACGACUACUUCUUUCACUACGUCCAAGAUGGCUUCUUUGGUUGGUAUUUUGAUUCCGAACUCUGUUACAAAAAGUCCUUGAGCGACUACCAGCGGCUAGUCAUUUUCAAUGAUGGUGGCCUUGAGUAUACAAGGUGGAGUAGAUACCGAGCAUUUUAUAGCACCCCUGACGCUGAUAGAGAUUAUCUCCAAUACUGGGAAACAAUUGUGAAGGAAAUUAAAUGGCUUGAACAGUAUUUGCUGACAAAUGAGUCGUCUAUUGAGUGGGCGCGUAUACAUUCAAAGGCCACAUUCCAAGCAUGUAGGAUCGCAGCUGGGUUUCAGAACAUGACUCUGGAACUAGCAGCUGUUGGUUUGCAUGAGUAUAUAUGGAAUGCACGCAUGGAUCUCAUGUUUGAGAAAGAUCGUGAUGGUGUCUUCUAUCAGAUUUGGAAGCGGGUCAAUGAUAAUCAUCAGCUGAGUUUCAGAGAUGCUCUUGAGCAAGUUUAUGGUGAAAACUUGUAUUCAGCACACGACCGCAGUAUGAAGUAUGAGCUGAAUUACGGCGAUUCCAACAUGGAGCGUGUUUUUGCUCGGUGCACAAAAGGAAUUAGUGACAGUGUUCCAGAAUAUAAAGCCCGUGAGCUUAUUGCACAAGAAAUUCGUUGGACGAGUUUGUGUUCUGGAACGUAUGAGCAGUAUGCCAGGAAGAAGCUGAAGAUUGCAGAACUCAUAGGAUUAAUUCCCAAGGACAAGAUAGUAGCUGCAUAGUUGUGUUUGCUAAGAUAGCACCUGUGUAUAUGUGUUGGUAAUGUCUUGCCGCUGGUUCCAUAAAGAUUCCAAGGCUGCAUUAUUCAUCUUGCAUUGAUUAGUUGUGUCUCCAAUUUAUUACAUACUGUAGAGCAAACUGUUCAAAUGUCAUCAUGAAAUGAACAAAUUCAAUUGGUGGAAAAUCCUCGUUGAGACAUUUCCACACAA